AUGGCCUACUAUGGGAAGUGCAUUGAAACGGUGAUGAAGCACCUGGACCGAUUUCAGCCUAAGAAGGACAGUCCCGAGCAGUUCCUGGAGGCCGUGGCCAACUCCCUGCAGACACUGAGCCCCCAGAAGCAGGCGUUCAUCAUGGAGAUCCUGUCGGGGUGCCUAGAGUACCGCAAGCUGCUGACCAUCGUGGUGGACGCCUUCUAUGUGCGGGAUGGCCGGCUCUGCCCACGGGCUGACUACAGCCUCUUUGAGGUGAUCUGCUACUUGGCCACGUUCCAGCUGGAGGAGCUUGGCUUUCAGCUCUUCUGUGACGUCGUGCGGUCCCAGCCGAUCCACAAGGUGUGCAAGUUCCUCGGGUUCCUCUUCAGCCCCUUGAACCUCAGCUCGUGGAUCAAGGACGAGUGGAGCCUUGUCUACGAGACGUCCCAUGUGAAGGAGAACUGGAUCGAUCCCCUGAUGAGGUGGCAGCCGGAAGUCCAGGAGCUGAUCGACCAGCUGCAGGGGGAGCUGACCAGCCAGCCCUCUCCUCCCAAGAGCAAGGCCAAGGUCACAGAGCCCAGGGAGUUCAGCCUGACCACCCCCAGGCCCCGCGCCAUCCCCGUGCCUGAGCUGGUCCCUAAGGUGGCCAAGACCAGACCGGUCCCCAGGAGCACCUACCAGCCGCCCAAGGAGCAGCGGCUGCUGGAGAUGACCAAGAGAUACAACCGCUGGCAGGCCGAGGAGCUGCUGCUGCGGGCUAACAUCGAGGAGCUGCGCUGCGCGCUGCCCAGGAGCCGCGGGGAGCCCCCGCUGCAGGACUCCGAGAAGAAGCCGCGGCUCCGGCUCCCGCCUCGUAUCCUCAAGACCCGGAAACUGACCUUCUACACGCCUAACGACAACGCCCCGGUCAAGCUCAACACGGCCGCCAUCCUGCGCGAAGGGGCCUUGUACCAGCGGCAGGUGGAGAAGGAGCUGCAGAGGGUGGACCGGCUCGUGGACGGGGCCGGGGACUUCUCCGAGUUCCUCGAGUGGCAGAGGCGGAUGCAGGCGAAGGACCGGGAGGAGCAGCUGGCCGCGGGCGAGGUCCGCCGGCUGCGGGGGAAGCUGAGCCACGAGGAGGCGGCGCUGGCGCGGCAGCAGGUGGCGCAGGAGAAGAGGCGGACGGCAGAGCUGAAGAAGGAGGAGACAGCUGAGCUGAUGCAGCGGUGCGCAGAGAGGCGCCUCCAGGAGGAAAAGUCCAUGAAGGAGCUGGUGGAGCAGGUGAUAGAGACACAGAAGAAUGUCAAGGUGGCGCAGACGGAGCUCCGGAAGGGCCGCCGGCGGAUAGCUCAGGAGGUGACGGAGGAGAACCGGGAGCUGCUGCAGCGCAGCGCGGAGGCGGCCAAGGAGGAGCAGAAGCGGCGCUGCGACCUCGUCUCCCAGCUGCGAGCCCUGGAGUUUCAGCCCACGCGCAGGGGCAAGCUGGUGGACCUGACCCAGAUCCCUGGCCACGGCCUGGAGGGCGAGAUGUCGGUCGUGGAGCUGCGUGAGCGGCUGGCCCUCCUCAAGGAGACCCGGCGUCGCCAGGAGGCGGAGCGGCGAGACCAGAUCAUCCAGGGCAAGCGCGCCAAGAGCCGGGAGCUGCGGGGCAUGCUGGGGCAGGCGGCGCUGUGCCGCGCUGCCAUGGGGAGGUCUGCAGCCCUGAGGUGGGAGGAGAAGGCGCGGUGGGCGGCCGCCGGAGCGCCCUCCCAGGACGAGCGUGUGCUCGAGCUGCAGCGCCGGAUCCAGGAGAAGGCGGCCCAGCGGCGCGCGCAGGCGGCCUCGGGGCACGUGCCGGCGCCGCGGGCCAUGCGCCCCAAGCAGCGGGCGCAGCUGGAGGCGCAGCGCAGGCUGGAGCUGGAGCGGAGCCGCGAGCGCUGGCUGCGGGCGCAGCAACCCGGAUGCGGACCCGCGCGCCGCCUGGGGGCCGCCUGA